UUUAGCCAAUUUCGUUGGCGUUGCACCCUCAUUUUUAAUUUAUUUGCUCAAAUCACGAUCUUAGCAGGUUUUCCCACCUAAAAGUGAAAGCUGCGAUUUGUGCUCCGCGACCGGUUUAACAGUAACGCUACCGCAGCUCUUGUAAGUGCCACCUGGCACUAGUUUUCUCACCAUAGUUUGUCAUAUAUCCCUGUAUUUAAAACUCUGCCUAGUUAUGUCUAUUAAUUUGCGAACUGUUUACGCAUUCGCCAGGGAAAUGUAUCCUAAGAUAACAACGGAACCCAUCCAGUAUGGAACGGCGGGUUUUCGCGGCAAAGCCGAAUUCCUGGACAGUGUUAUGUUCAGGAUGGGCGUGCUUGCAACUCUACGCUCCAGGUUUCGCGGUGGCUCUGUUAUAGGAGUGAUGAUAACAGCAUCGCACAAUCCAGAGCCUGACAAUGGAGUUAAGUUAAUUGAUCCCAAAGGUGAAAUGCUGGAGCCAAGCUGGGAAACUAUAGCUACAGAUCUAGUUAACGUAAGCGACCAAGACUUGGAGCAACAGGUGGCAAAAAUUAUUAAGGACAAUCAAAUAGAUGUUGCAUCCAGUUCGCAUGUAUAUGUCGGCAUGGAUAAUCGAUAUCACAGUCCACGUCUGCUAAAGGCAGUCUCAGAUGGUGUCAUAGCCUUGAAAGGAAACGUGAGAGAAUUCGGAAUCGUUACUACGCCCAUGAUGCAUUACUUUGUCGUUUCUGCAAAUACAAAGGAGGCCUAUGGAAAGCCCACUGAAGAGGGAUAUUAUAAAAAACUAAUCUCAGCUUUUGAAGAACUGCGUGAUGGGUGCUUGGAGAAAGGGAACUAUCGUAAUUACCUUGUUUUUGAUGGUGCUAAUGGAGUAGGUGCUCGGAAGAUGUUGCAGUUCAUAAAACGUAUGAACAAGUCUCUCGACAUAACGGUUAUAAAUCAGGGCAUUGGUAGCGGGAAAAUCAAUGAAGAUUGUGGAGCGGAUUAUGUAAAAGUUCAGCAGCGCCCACCUAAAAGCAUGCCUUCAGUUGAACCUUUCACACGCUGUGUUAGCGUCGAUGGAGAUGCCGACCGAGUCGUGUAUUUUUUUACUGACGAUAGUGGACAGUUCCAUCUCCUGGACGGUGAUCGAAUUGCCACACUGGUUGCGGGAUACCUCAUGGAUUUGAUCAAGAGCUGUGAAAUCAACUUGCGCUUGGGUUUGGUGCAGACUGCUUAUGCAAAUGGGGCAUCGACCGAUUAUAUUGAGAACGAGCUGAAGGUUCCAGUAUCGUGUGUACCGACAGGCGUUAAGCAUCUGCACCACAAAGCUCUGGAGUAUGAUGUGGGUAUAUAUUUUGAGGCUAAUGGACACGGUACCAUCGUCUUUAGCGAUUAUGCAAAAAGUGUAAUAGCUCAGGCUGUUACUACUAAUCCCAAGGCGAAGACACUUCUGCUUCUGAUAGAUCUCAUAAAUGAAACCGUUGGUGAUGCCAUCUCGGAUAUGUUACUCGUUGAGACAAUUCUCAAUCACAAAGGAUGGGACGUAAAGGAUUGGAUCUCUACCUAUAAUGACCUACCAAACAGGCAGUUGAAAAUUAAGGUUAAAGAUCGGAAUGUCAUCACGACAACUGACGCGGAGCGCAUUUGUGUGAAACCCGUCGGGCUACAAGAUGAAAUAAAUAUGGCUGUGUCGAAUUACAAACGGGGGCGCGCCUUUGUGCGACCAUCAGGAACAGAAGAUGUGGUGCGAGUGUAUGCGGAGGCUGCAACGAAAGAAGACACGGAGAAUCUGUCUUAUGAAGUGGGGCUGUUAGUGCAGAGGCUAGCGGGCGGAGUUGGACCGGAGCUAACAAAACCGAACAAUGCUCAUCUGUAAAUGUGAGCUUUACAGCACACCAGACAAUACUAUGUCAAGUCGAAUUUAUAUUCACUCCAGUCAACACUAAGCUUUAUAGGUUCAGCGACAAGUUUUGGUCAUUCACUUAAAAGUGCAUUUACACAAUAAUUUAACUGCCUUACGUAGGACUGUAAUGCCAACCUCGUUAUUACUUUAGCUUUGUCUAUUUAUCAAAAUGCUGUUUGCAUUUGUUUAUUGCAAAUGAUGAUAUAGUGUAUCUGAUUCUUUCGUGUUUUUUUAUUUUUUAACAUGCCUUUUCGUUUAUUGUUUUCAAUUUUGUUUAUCAUCUAGUUCAUAUCUUGCCGUAUUCAUCGACGUAUAUCUAAGAAUAUUGUUUUGAAUAAAUUCCUAAUAAAUUUCUUAUCUAUAUUUA